AUGGCCUGCCUCUUGGAUUUUGCGUUUCGGAAACUGAUCGGUGUCAGAGGGACGUGUCCGGGGAUGAGAACCAUCAAGAAUCUGGCGUCACCCUCCUUGACCGAGAUUGCCCCAGCUGUUUGGGACCUUCAAUAUCUUCAGACCAUGUCUGUCCACGCACAAGUCAUCCCGUCCAUUGCUGCUGGAAUUGCCCGUCUAAAGAACGCCCGGUCCGCAAGUCUCCGGGAUAAAGUCGACAAUUUGACUCGCCAGACAACAAUAGGGAACGACGGCCAGAUGUUGGCUGACUCGGUAAACGAGGUUACGGACGAGAUAGAGAAACGCUUAUGGUUAUUGUGCCAAACCCGGAUCCAACCAGAACCGAUUAAACGACCCUUCACAGCCAAACAAGGGGAUGAAAACAGAGCAAAGAAGGUGCGGCGGCAACUCGAAUACGUAAGGCCAGAGUUGGAAAUCCCCACGACCUACGUCGAUGAAGAUGGCAGUGGAACUUUCGCCGCCAUGGAAGGUUACAGUCUAGAACCAGACUGCGACCCGUACGUUGCUUUCCCCGGAUUCUUUCCUGAAGCAGCCCAUCUCGGGAUAGACGCUGUUUUGCAGGCGGACGAGUCCUACAUACCUGCGGAGGGAGUUUCACCACCAGAUGAUUGGACGCACAGUUCCGAGGGUGAUUACUUUUACACCGACGGACAAGGAAAUGUUUACCCGAUCGAGAGAGAAAAUUCGGAGGAUGAUCAGAUCGACUGGCCACCAGUUCCGCAACUCGUCGACUCUGACGGCUACGGCCAGCAGCAAGAUGAAGAAUGGAAAGGAUACUGGGGCCAAGGUGCAAACCAAGCAUAUAUUAUGCCCCAUGAGGACGGGCUCCCUGAUUUCGGGGUUCAUAUCCACCCGGACGAUGCCGCAAACCAACCAUUUCUACCACCGUACUCUGAAGAUGCACCGCUCGGAUAUUGGGCUCGGGAUUGA